AAAAGGAUAGACCAUAAUUAAACUCACUAAAGCUGCAGAUCUGAUCUCUUCAUCUCACUCGCCUUUAUUCAUCCUCCAUUCCUCUUCAUUCAUCAAUCCCACCUUCUUCACCCUCCCCAUGGCUGAUGUCCUCGUUUCUAUUGUGCUGGAACGCUUAACUUCGGUUGCUGAACAGCAGAUUCAUGAACAAGUUUCUCUGGUUCAGGGUGUUAAAUCAGAAAUCCAAAGCCUCAAAAAGACACUCCGCUCCGUCCGAGAUGUUCUUGAAGAUGCCGAGAAGAGACAAGUGAAGGAAAAAUCUGUCCGAGGUUGGUUGGAGAAUCUCAAAGACAUGGCCUACGAAAUGGAGGACGUGCUGGAUGAGUGGAGCAUUGCUAUUCUUCAAUUCCAGAUGGAGGGAGUUGAAAAUGCUUCCACGUCUAAGAAGAAGGUAAGCUUCUGUAUGCCCUCCCCUUGCAUCUGUUUCAAGCAAGUUGCUUCUCGUCGUGACAUUGCUCUUAAGAUUAAGGGCAUUAAACAACAACUAGAUGAUAUUGAAAGGGAGAGAAUUAGAUUUAAUUUUGUCUCUAGUGGGAGUGAGGAGCGACCAAAGCGACUUAUAACUACCUCUGCAAUUGAUAUUUCAGAGGUGUGCGGUCGGGAUAUGGAUAAAAAAAUCAUAUUAGACCAUUUGUUGGGUAAGAAGUGUCAAGAGAAAUCUGGCCUCUACAUCGUCUCCAUAGUUGGGACGGGAGGCAUGGGCAAAACAACUCUUGCUCGACUAGCCUACCACCACCCAGAGGUGGAGUUCCAUUUUGAUGAAAGAAUAUGGGUCUGUGUCUCUGAUCCUUUUGACCCAUUCAGAGUUUUUAGGGCUAUUGUUGAAGCCCUCCAAAAAGAGCCUAGUAAACUCCAUGAUUUGCAAGCUGUACAAGAAGAAAUUAAAACACGUAUUGCCGAAAAGAAUUUCCUUCUUGUGCUAGAUGAUGUGUGGACCGAAGACAAUCAAUUGUGGGAAGAACUGAAGAACACCCUCCUCUGCGGAGCAGCAGGUAGUAGAAUUCUGGCGACCACACGCAAAGAGAGUGUUGUUAAGAUGAUGAGAACUACGUACAAGCAUCCCUUGGGGGAGCUGUCUUUGGAGCAAUCUCGGGCAUUAUUCCAUCAAAUAGCUUUCUAUGAAAGGAGUACUUGGGAGAAAGAGGAAGAAUUAAAAGAAAUUGGUGAGAAAAUAGCAGACAAAUGCAAGGGCUUGCCCCUCGCUAUAAAAACUUUAGGGAAUCUCUUGCGCAUAAAAAAUAGCGAGGAAGAAUGGAAGAACGUAUUGAAUAGUGAAGUAUGGCAGCUAGAUGAGUUUGAGAGAGAUAUUUCCCCUGCUUUGUUGUUGAGUUAUUAUGAUCUGCCCCCUGCAAUUCAACGCUGCUUCUCAUUUUGUGCUGUUUUUCCAAAAGACUCGGUUAUUGAGAGAGAUGAGCUGAUCAAGUUGUGGAUGGCACAAAGCUAUCUCAAAUCUGAUGGGAGAAAAGAGAUGGAGAUGGUUGGGAGAACGUACUUUGAAUAUUUAGCUGCUCGGUCUUUCUUCCAAGAUUUUGAAAAAGAUGAUGAUGGUAAUAUAAUAGGUUGUAAGAUGCAUGAUAUAGUGCAUGAUUUUGCUCAAUAUUUGACUCAGAAUGAAUGUUUUAUUGUGGAGGUUGACAACCAACAAAUGCAGAGUAUAGACUUAUCCUUCAAAAAGAUUCGUCAUACCACCUUAGUUGUCCGAAAAAGUACCCCUAAUUUCGUCUCCACUUAUAACAUGAAGAAUCUACACACCCUCUUGGCUAAGGCAGCAUUCAAUUCAAGAGUUCUUGAAGCCUUACCUAAUUUGUUAGGGCAUUUGACAUGUCUUAGGGCAUUGGAUUUGAGCAGCAGUCAGUUGAUUGAGGAACUUCCUAAGGAGAUAGGAAAAUUGAUACAUUUAAGAUACCUUAACCUAUCAAAGUGUUAUAGUUUGAGAGAGUUGCCUGAAACAAUUUGUGAUUUAUAUAAUUUGCAAACCUUAAAUAUUAAAGGUUGUUCCAAUCUUCAGAAACUACCACAGGCAAUGGGUAAACUAAUUAAUUUGAGGCAUCUUGAAAAUGAUGGUACUCAGAAUCUAAAGGGCUUGCCAAAAGGAAUUGGAAGAUUAAGCUCUCUUCAGACACUGGAUGAUUUCAUUGUGAGUAGUCAUGGCAAUGAUGAAUGCCAAAUAGGAAACCUGAGAAACUUGAACAACCUAAGAGGAUUUCUUUUGAUUAAAGGGUUGGAUGAAGUGAAAGAUGCAGGGGAGGCAGAAAAAGCAGAAUUGAAGAAUAAGGUACACCUCCAACGUUUGCAAUUGAAAUUUGGUAGAGAGGAGGGGACAAAGGGUGUGGCUGAAGCUCUACAACCCCAUCCAAACUUGAAAUUACUAAGGAUAAACAUGUAUGGUGAUAGAGAGUGGCCCAAUUGGAUGAUGGGUUCAUCAUUAGCUCAACUGACAAAGCUUUGCCUCGACCAUUGCAUAAGAUGUCCAUGUUUGCCUCCUUUGGGGCAACUGCCUGUCCUCGAGGUGCUGUAUAUAUGGUGUAUGGGUGGUGUGAAAUACAUAGGUAGUGAGUUUUUGGGAUCAUCAUCAACAGUAUUCCCAAAGCUGAAGGCAUUGACUAUUUCUGAUUUGGAUGAAUUGAAGCAAUGGGAAAUAAAAGAAAAAGAAGAGAGGUCAAUAAUGCCAUGUCUCAAUCUCUUGAAGACGUCAUUCUGCCCAAAGCUGGAGGGACUGCCGGACCACAUGCUCCAGAGGACAACAUUGCAGAAAUUGGACAUCACAGGUUCUCCUAUUCUGAAACGACGCUAUCGAAAGGAUAUUGGAGAGGAUCGACACAAAAUAUCUCAUAUCCCAGAAGUCAAAUGUUCAUCGGACUGAAUGGUCAUCACGCUUCACCUCAUGUCGCUCUUGUUCCAGAGAAGCAAGUUCAAAUAAAGAGGAGAAAAUUCCCAACACCUAUGUAUUGUGAAGUUGUCUAUGAAUCAAUUUCAAAUUGGUGAUUUGUAAAUUCUUUUUCUCUUUUUCUUUUCCCCUUUUAUUGGUUUGCCUAUAAAUGUAAGAAUGUGUAAACUUCAACUUUAUUGUUUGGAUUUAUUUCCUACAACAUAAAUGGUUUGCGAAUGAUGGGAACUUGCAUGCAUGCAUGCAUGAUGUUUCUUCUGAUUUGUUUUAAGGACAUAUCUAUUGUUAACCUAA